AUUGAGUGUACAAGAUCGAUUGAAUCAAUAAUAUUAUUAAAAAUAAAUCGUAAAAGCCGCUUAAUCGCGUAAAACUGUUUCAUCCGUUUAAUUUUCUGGCAUUCCUUGUCUUAUCAUAGGAAAAACAUUAAAAGUAUACUAGAAAUAAUGUGAAAACACGCGAGUGCGGAGUAUAAACAAAUGUUGUGAUAUCGUGUUUUCCACGACAAAUAAUGAGUGAUUUGUGCGAUGAGCAAGUUAUUCACGAUAACAAUUACACGAAUACGUACAGUUUGUGGGGUAACUCGAAGUAUUAUGAUAUAAAAAACUUGUCUCCGCAAAAUUUCGCGAAUCGCAAUGGUACUAUUGGGAGUGAGAUUAGCCAGGAGCUUAAGAGUUCGCGAUGGUCGGCGCCCCCGGCUGAAGAGCCGGUCCCGGAGCCGGAAGACAGUCGUAACCGAAGGAUAGUUUACCGAGACUCCUUGUACGAAGAUCCUGAUUUGUUUUACCAGGAAGCCCCCGAGGAGAGUCCAACCAAGAGCCCUACCUUCGACUGGACUCAACACUACUGGCACAAGGCUUCCGAGAAACCAGGCUUCCACAAUGGAUCCCGGGAUGCAGGGCAGGGUACCAGCAGGAGUCGGAGACAGCCUAAUGUAGGGCCAAAUAAGAUUCAGAAGAAACUUGAUAAGAUGUUGGCUAAGCCUGUGAAAAUGAGUAAGGCGGAAAGUAUGAUGCAGAAGAUGGGUUGGCAGGGCGGAGCGCUUGGCAGGAGUGGGGAUGGUAUUGUAGAGCCAAUAGCGCCCAAUGCUGUCUAUGCCAAAACGAAAUUCGGUUUCGGCCAAAACCACCAACCACUUAAAUCUCCGAAACACAAAAAAGCAGAAAACAAACAGUUUUUCGAAAUGAAUGUACUUCUAAACAUUUUCGAGUUCGUCAAAAAUAACUCCGAAUUCGAACUUCUUUUCGACAAGAAUUUGAAAAAAGACGAACGGAAACGGAUACACCAUUUAGUGGAGUUUAAGAUUCAGGGUGAUGAUCUAACUGCUGCUGAUUUUGAUAGUCCUGCACAAAUGGACUUGGUUUUGCAGAUUAAUGAUAAAAACUGUUAUGUUUUGCAAACGCAGAGUUAUGGGAUUUAUCCUGUGAGGCAACUCUGCCUCUACAAAUUGGCUCCACCCCACGUCUAUCUAAUUGUACCAGAUGAUUUAAGAGAUGAACCAACAGACAUCUUAAACUCAGAAAACGGCGAAGAAGUGCUAAAAGUCGAAAUAGAUCCUCCAAAAGUACCAGAACCUCUAAAAGUACCACCAGAGCCUUUAAAAGUACCACCAGAGUCAUUGACCGAUGAAUUGGAAAUUGAGGAAGAAACUAAUCCAUUUUUAAUAAGUAUAACAAGGAAUUUAAAGAAGAAAUCAGAUUCGGAAUGUCAAGAGGAAACGGUACAAGAAGUACCACAGAUACCAGAGGCUUUAGAGGUACCAGAAGAAAAAGUACCAAGUCUUCCAGAAAUGUCGAAAGUUAUGACAAAAAUUGUGGAGUUUUUUAUCGAAUUUGCCCAAGAUAAGAAAUUUUCUCAGUUUAAGUUUUUGGGGCCUUUUAACGAAGAGGAAGAUUGUGCUAUUAAUGAGUUUAUUGAGCAAGCUAUAGUUUAUUUGAGUAAGGAAGUAGAGUGUACGAUGGAGACCAUUUUUGAAAAGGUGCUUUUCGAAAUCAACGAAGACUGCACUGGGAAUACAGUGAUAUACAAGAGGCCAGUAUAAUGGAUGGAUAUUCAAAAUUAGUUCUUAAGUUAUUUAUAUUUAAGUUGAAGAUGGUUUGUUACGAAAAUUGUAAGGUAGCGAGAUCCUCGUCGAAUUUCGAAAAUUGAUUUAUAGUGGCCAUUUUUAUAGACAGUAUAACCUCCUUAAACUAUUAGGUUACUUAUUAAUAAUAAAAUCACAUUAAUAAGAGAAAGUUUGUAAAAAUGGUUACUAUUUUUCGAGUAUGCAAUAUUUUGGAAAAAAAAACACGCAUUUUCUCUGUGCCUUUAAAUAAAUACUGCCCGGGCCAUUUAACGGCCAUUUUAACAUGUCAUUAGACCUGAAAUCGGCGCGAGUUUCAGCUAUAUUGUAUACUGGUUUGUUAUUGUAUACAUAUAACAUACCCACCAUUUUGGGAACUCUAUCAAUGGUUAGAAUAAGCAUGUGAAUAUGUCGAUAUGUUGAUAUAUCGAUUAUAUAGUCAGUGACAAGUUAAAUUCAUUGGUCUCAUUUAAUAUAAAAACGCAGACCGUGAAAUAAGACAUAAAUAUGUAUAUAAAAUUGCAUCUAUAGAAUUUUUAUCGAUUAUCAAUAUAUCGAUAAUGUUACAUCACUUAUUCUAGCUCUAGAGUGGUAGGGUUUAUGGGCAGUUUUUAUUGCCUCAUCUCUAAAACUUAGACCAGUCAAAAUUAAAAUUAUGCUUUUAAACCGACUUCCCAAAAAGAAGGAGGUUCUCAACUCUACCUUUACAUUAAUUAAACAUGUUAAUCGUUUUAAUUAAAAUAUGUUAAGUAAAUCUUUAUUUAUUACAUUUAAUGCAUCCUUCAUAGUUGAUUCGUGUGCUGUUUUGUAUAUUUUCAUUACGAUCCCACCACUAGUAUCGAUAUCGAUAAAUAUAAUGUAAAAUGUAGGCUGCCCGCCCACAUCCGACAUUUUGUAGGACAGAUAAAUCGGACCGACUUUUUUGUAGGACGGUCUUACUAGUAUUUUCCAACCAACUUUUUAUAGGACAAAGAGCGACUGCCUAUCUGACCUCCUCAACCCAGUUACCCGGGCAACCCAAUACCCGUUGGUAAGUGGUUGAAGAGUGCGUUGCACUAUUGCUAUCAGUGUUCUAUUUUACUCCUACAAUAAAUCGGUAACCGAUUUAUCGGACGUGAGCGGACAGCCGUAAUCUUUAUUUUUUAACUAAAGUCCAACUUUACUGAUUAAAUAAACGACAGUUUUUUUUAAACAACUUGUUCACUUUGAAAAAUGUGUAAAUUCAUAGUAAACUAACUUCCGCCCGCGGCUUCGCCCGCGUCGAGUUCGGUUAUAUCGCGUUUCCAAGAGAAUUCUUCGAAUCAAAUUUUAUUUAAAUCAGUUCAGUGGUUUAGACGUGAA